GGGAAGUUGGAUGAAGAGGGCAUGGAAAUAGCUGUUUGUUGCCACGGAGUCCUGUUAGCGGCAUUGAACAUGUUUCGAGGGGAGAUCUUUGCUUACCCUCUUUUUCUCCAGAGGAAGUUGGCAGCUAGCGUCCCAGGACAUAUUACCUUCCUUUGCUCCGAUGUGGCCUGCAAAUAUUUCCCCUAUUUAACCAAGGUGGCUCAGCAGUGCCCUGAGCUGAGGAACCUCUUGUCAAUGCGCCCUUUUCUCUCCGUCAUGCAUGCAAAGGCUCACAUUUGGAAAUGCGAGAUCAAAUGGGGAGGUGCGUUUCAGGAUGGGGCCAGUUCUACAGUUGGAAAAGAGGUGGGACAAGUAAACAGUUUCCUGUCUAGGGCGGCCAUCACAACGAAGUACAUGUCUAAAGCAGGGCGAACAGACAUGCUGACCCUCCUGGCUUUGGGGUGGAACAAAAGGAAAGUGGAACAACUGGGCCGCAGUUUGAGCCAGAGAUAUCUCAAGAUCAUAAGGAUCCUUAGAGAACAGGUGGAGAGCCUGAAUGUGACCAAAAAUGAGCUGGGUGUGGAUGACGACACACUGCAGCAAUGGGUGGCCGAUGUGCAGAAAUGGGCUGAAGAUAGCAACAAGAGGCGACACAGAAUUCGCAAGGUCAUCUUAGUUGAGAAGAAACGCUUGGCGGCUGCUGUUGACGACUACAACAAGCUUGCUGAACCAACAAAGCAAAUCGUAUCCAGUGAUGCUCUCAAGCAGACCGACAUUUGGCCCUGGCAGAGCACAAGUGAACCUGCUGCUGACCUCCAGACAAAGAGAAAGGUCUUUGAGAAGGUGAUGGCUGUGAGGUGCCUGAGAGAGGAGGAGAUGAUCCUUUGCAGGGAGAUGCUGCAUCACUGGACAGUGUUACGAAUGCGAUCUGUGGUGUUGGGGACAAUCUCCUCAGACUCCUCCCUUGUUGGCAUGUCGGAGGAUGCACAGAAGGGACUCUGUAGCCUGGUUUUAAAAUAACAAAGUGAACUGAAAGCUGAAAUGCUCAAAGUAAAGGACGUGUACAAGAGAAUCCUCAGCCACCAACCACUCCUGGAAAUGGACUCGGAGGAGGAGGAGGACAUUCCAGACGAUGCCACUGAGAGUGAUUUGAGCACUUCUGAUGAAGACUGGUUGUGUCAUCAUUGAUGUUAUGUUUGGUAAAAUAAAAAGUUA